CAGCUGUCAGCUGUCUGCGCCGCCGUGACUGUUUGAUCUGUGGUCGUGACGUUCAAGUUUAUUUAAAUAUUUCCCCUUUAAAAAAUAUUUUUAAUCAUUCCUAUUUCGUACAAAAAAUACAUACGAUUUAAGUUUAUAAAAUAAAUACAUAUUUACAUAAAGUGCACGUAAUUAAGGCACAGGCAACGAAUACAUUUUAUCAAAUUAUUGAUUUUUGUACGAGUAUUGUCGCAAGUUUUAUUAUAAACCAUUGUACAAAUUUUUCGCCUGACAGCCAUUUAAAUUAAAUAAAAUCUAAUAUGCCAUCUACGGACGGCACUACAGAAACAUCGCAACUUGUACCUCCGAGCGGCAACGCAAAACCAAGCUAUAUGAAUUUAACUAAUAAUGUAUGCGCAUUAUUAUUUAAUGGCAUUAUUAUUUAUUGUUGUUUUAGAGAUGGAGUAUAUUUAUUCUCCUUUCACCCGAUAUUCAUGUCCAUAGGGUGGCUAAUAUUUAUGUGUACUGCUGUGAAUGCAGUGACACCUGGUGACUUUGCUACCGAGUGGAUGCCCAUCCGUUUACGCAGUGCCAGACAUUGGGUAUUGCAAUUGAUGGCUGUAACAUUUAUUCUAACAGGUUUUAUUAUAAUUCUAACAAAUAAAAUUAUUAAUGAUAAACCUCAUUUUGUAUCUUUACAUGCUAAAUUUGGGCUUGCUGCUAUAAUAUUUGCAUUUUUUACGAGCAUUGGUGGUCUUGGCGCUCUGUAUAGUCUUAAAUUGAAAGAUUUUCUGGCUCCCAUAUAUACUAAAAUAUUGCAUGCAUCUGUAGGCCUCAUAACAUUAUGUUUAGGUGUAAUAACUAUAAUUUUAGGCAACUUUUCAAAAUGGUGGACAUUUGGAGAAUUAUUGAGAUAUACAUGUUUAGUAUUGGUCUUGUUAGUGAUGAUUCUGACAAUUUUGCGACCAACUCUUAAAGUAUAUUUUCGUCUUAAAGAAAGGCUUGGUUAUGCUAAUUAAGUAUUAAUGCACUUGAAAUUAAUUGAGAUAUACAAUGGAUUGGCAUCGGAGUUAAAGAAGAUAAAUUUAAUCUAUCAAUGUUAAACAUUUAAUUACAUUAGUGGAUAUUUCAGAACUAGAACCUAAAAACCUCAGUUUUGUUUUGUUUUUUUUGUUAUUUUUUAAGUUGGAUUACAUGUAAUUUGUUGAUUUUUACAGUAAUUAUACGAUUUCUUUAUAAGAUUUAAUUUAUAUUUUAAUGUGUGUGUUAGCCUUUAAUGGUCACAAAUUUUAAUAUGAUGUAUCACCACAAUAAAAAAAAAGUAAUAUAUAAUGUAAUAAUUAUAUGGGGCUUCUAAUCAUGUAGUAGAUGUGUGUUAAGUAGAAAUCAUAUUAUACUGUUAUUGUCUGAAAUUUGGUAAAAAGAUUUUAUUAAAUAAAUGUAUUAGGUGUAAAUUUAUACACACAUAAUAUUUUUUAUGAAUUUAAAAUAUUGUGUGUUUUUAUUUAUUUUUACUAUCUUUAAA